CGAAAAGCAUCAUUCUCCAACACAAUGGCCUCAUUAGCAAGGUCUCUGGGCCGUUCCACCUGGGCAGUGGCCCGGAGAGGCCCAAUUGCUCUCCCAUACCGUUCAUUCUCCGCCACCCCGUCAACAUUCGUGUCUGAAGAUCCUCCCAUUCCUGCUCCUCCUCGAGACCCUCGCCCUGAGGACCUACCGCCUGCUCCGGAAUACUCGCCUGAUCUGCUGACCAAGGAGGAGAAGUCAAUGUAUGAUAUGAUGGCUCCCGAAGAACGCGAGCAAUUCGAUACGGAGAACCGCAGGCUCGUGGCAGAGUUCAACGACCCGCAAAAGCGAGCGGCGAUGUUUGCGGAGAUCGAGAAACGUGUGAAUCAGCUGGAGAAGGAAGAACCCAUGCGGUUUGACGAUGUUCGGGAAAAGUCCCGUGGGUUCUGGGCGGAAGAGGAAGACGACGAGUUCGGUCUUGUCGAGGAUGUAGAUGAUCAAUUCAACGAUGAUGAAAUUACCUCUAUGGCCCAUGCGGAGGUCGAAUUACACCGUGAGAUGAGGGAAUACGCCCGAAUCACUGCCUGGGACAUGCCCUUCUUGAGCAAGCUGGCUAAGCCCUUCACACUACCCCCCGAGACCCACAUCCUGCGCUUCCGUUACACCACAUACAUGGGUGAAUCGCAUCCUGCCGAGAACAAGGUCGUUGUUGAGCUGAGCAGCCGUGAUCUAUCCCCCAAGCACCUCUCCGAGGCCCAACGCCAGACCUUCCUCAAGCUGGUCGGACCCCGCUACAACCCAGACACAGAUAUUGUCCGCAUGUCCUGCGAGAAAUUCUCCACCCGUGCGCAGAACAAGCGCUAUCUUGGCGACCUUAUCAACACCCUGAUCAAGGAAGCUAAAGAGGGCGACUCAUUCGCUGACAUCCCCCUUGACCUCCGCCACCACAAACCAAAGCAGAAGCUCCGUUUCCCACAGUCCUGGGCUAUGACAGAAACGCGCAGAAAGCAGAUAGAAGCCAACCGGGCUGAACGAGCACGUCGCGAAAAUUCGUCCACCAUCGUGGAUGGGAAUUCAGUUGUUGCACGGGCAGCUCUGGCCCUGCCCGCUUUGAACCCCGCCUUGAAAGCAAGAGCAACUGAAGAGCGUGAGAAGGUUGCCGUGAAAAUCGCCAAUAAGGCCCCGAAAAAAGAAGCUCCUGCGCGGAGGAGAUGAAUCUAGCCACGCAGCAAUGACUGUUGCUUGUACACAAAGCCAUUUUUGCAUCUUUUCACAUUUCCCGGAAACUUUUCAAAACAUCGAGGGUGGCGCAAUACUUUUGCAAGGUCGUUUAGACUUUUAUUUAUUUUCAUCGCAAUGUACUAUAUUACGUUUCUAUCAUUUUCUACAUACCUCCGUUUCUGUUUUGAUAGCCAGGAAUAACCCAUUAAACUACUAACUCAGUACACUCAACUACGCCUCUUUAGUUAAAGAGUAAGAAGAAGAAGGAAUAAAAUAACUACCUAUGAUAUCG